AUGGGGCAUCGCAUCGAGGAUGACUACGAUCUCAAGGACACUUUGGGCACAGGCAACUUUUCCAAGUAUGCAGUGAAGGUGAUCGACAAGAAGGAAGUGGAUGAAACGCGGCUGCGAAUGGAAGUCGAAAUCCUUAAGAAGGUGAAGCACCCCAACAUCAUCAGCCUGAAGGAGGUCUACGACGAAGACCCCAAGAAACUGUACCUCGUCAUGGAGCUCGUAACGGGAGGGGAGCUCUUCAACAAGAUCGUCGAGAUAGGCUCCUACUCCGAGAAUAUUGCCAAGAGGCUUGUCAAGCAGAUGGUGUCAGCAGUCAAGCACCUCCACGACCAGCACAUAGCGCACAGAGACCUGAAGCCGAACAACCUCCUUCUGGCAGCGCCUGGAGUAGACGAAAUCAAAAUUGCUGAUUUCGGCCUAUCCAAGAUCCUCAGCCCCGACUCAAUGAUGCAAACGGCAUGCGGCACUCCGAUCUACGUGGCACCUGAAGUCCUUAAAGGCGAGGGUUACGACAAGGAAGUCGACAUUUGGAGCAUCGCCAAGGAUCUCAUAGAACAUUGCCUGCUGGUGGACCCGGGCAAGCGUUUCACGGCCGACCAGGCGCUCCAGCACCCUUGGCUUCAAGACGAUUCUGCUCCAGACCACAGCCUCCCGCAGUUCCCGGCCCAGUUCAAAAAGUUUGUGGCUAAAUAA